AUGGAUAUACAGAGCUGUACUUCAUCAACAGAACUCCUGGAGAAGCUCUCCCAGAGUCCAGCUGAACAGGUACUUCAGUUAGCAACAGAACUCUUGGAAAUUGUGAUAGGAGCUAACUUUACCUCAUAUAAGAAUGAACAUCCUCUCCCUAGUUUUUUGACUGAAGAUUUUGCCCGAAGUGAACUAUCAUUUGGUUUAAAUGCUCCAUUCGUUAAAGCAACAGCUCUCCCAUAUUUGUACGUGUCCAAGUUAGCCAUUCUAGACAGACCACAGCAGGAAACAAGCUCUGAGUGGCUGUUGCUCAGCUUCAGAAUUUUGGGGAUUUGGCAAAAAAUACUGAUAGAGCCCAGCAUGGAAAUAAAAAACCAAAUAGAAGAGAUUACUUCUAAGAUAGACACUUCAACUCUAGCAUGGGAUGAUCAAACGGUAUUUUCUUUGGAGCGCGCUGAUUUACACUUAAAGUAUUUCGAUUAUGAGAAGUGUCAACAACUUAUCGAAUCCUCACUAGAAUCAUCUGGUCUUAGUGUAGAACUCGCCGGUAAAAUGGGAAAACGCACACGGUUCCAACAAAAAGCCGUCUCACAACUUAUCCUUGAGACCGUAUCUAUAGCUCGACCACCCCUUGAAGAAGACAAAGAUGUACCAAGUAACUGCGCCUUAAACGAUGACACUCUACUUGAAAAAAUAGCUCUGCUUGAAGGAUCAGAUAAAGUAUGCAAGCUAAAUUCUACACAAUUAGCAUUGUUAUUGAACAUGUGCCGGUUCGAAGUAAAAACUCAAUACCAUGAUGAUGUAUUACUUGAGAAGUCGAAUGCUUUUCUGGAUGUUAUUAUCAGCGCACAAAGAUGUUGGGCUGUUCAAGCUGCUGCUUUACUUUUGAGAUCGAAACUCGAGAAGAAAAACAGCAGAAAAGUAGAAAGAGCCUGUAGUCAAUCCGAAGUUAUUACUAAGCUUAUGAGAGGAAUUGAUGACGAGACACCUAUGCCAGAGCGAAAAAAAAGAGGAAAUAUGGUACUGUCAUCUGGAUUAGAACCUUUCUGGCAGGCACAAGUGAUUCAAACCGAUAUUUUACGCUCAUUAGGAUGCACUGCGGAAGCUCUUUUGAUUCUGGAAUCUCUACAGAUGUGGGAUGCAGUUAUAGAUUGCUACAAAAGUUUGGGACAGUUAGAAAAAGCAGAAGCGUUGAUUCGGCGUUUGCUGAUAGAAAGACCUGAAGAUUCGAUGCUCUAUGUCUACCUUGGCGAUAUUACUGAAGAAGUCUCAUACUACGAAACAGCUAUCAAAAUAUCUUCUGAUAAAAAUGCUAAAGCAAGAAAAGCCAUUGGAAUGUUGCACUUGAUACGUAAGCAAUACGAUGAAGCUUAUGUUCACUUGAGGAGAUCACUUGAAUUGCAACCAAUCCAACUUGGAGUUUGGUUCAACGCUGGUUACUGUGCUUGGAUGACCAAGCAAUAUGUGGAAGCUGCCACAUGUUAUCACAGAUGUGUCAGUUUAGAACCUGAGCAUUUUGAGGCUUGGAGCAAUUUGAGUGCAGCAUACAUACGACAGAAUCAAAAGGAGAGAGCAAGAAGAAUACUACAGGAAGCUCUCAAAUACAAUUAUGAGCAUGCAAACGUUUGGGAAAAUUACCUUCUACUUUGCGUGGAUACAGGCGAAUUCACAACGGCUAUCCAAGCAUUCCAUCGUCUAUUGGAUCUCAACAAACGUCAGGAAGAUAAUGAGGUUUUGGAAAUUCUUGCUAAAGAAGUAUUAUAUAGAGAGGAACAAGUGCGUGAGGGUUCUGAAGAAGAGAAAACUCAUAUUAAGCAAGUGAAAGAUGAACUUAUCAAGCUAUAUGCGCGAGUAACGGCGACGCAAACACUUUCAAGCUUAGGGUGGGCUUGUUACGCCCAAUUGAAAAAACCCACUGACGAGAACAUCGUGGAAUACGAGAAGUAUAUACAGUUGCUUGAACGAUCAGUUUUGAGCGCCAGCAACAAGCCGGAUUGGUCUAAAGAUACUAAUAAUUGUAUUUCAACAUUGAGAUCUGCGAUCAGUUUAGCAAAGGAGAGGUUAGAGCUUGCUAAGAUCAAGGGAACAGAGGAAGCAGAACGUCAGGCCAAAGCCAAAAUUCGUCUUAGUGUUAAGUCUAUGAUAGCAACUGCAGAAAAGCAUCAUGAAGGUGAAGAAGAAGUUAUCGAAGUCGUAAAUGAAGCUAAAGAAGUUUUAGCUAGUGUUAUGUGA